AUGUCUACCUCUGACCCUCCCGAGCUGCACCAUACGGUGUUCAACCCGACAGGCCAAACCACUGUCGUGCUGAUCCACGGCGCCCUGGUAUCCGGCCUCUACUGGGAUCUUGUCAUUCCCAACCUCCCCAGUUCUUACCAUCUGCUGGUACCAGAUCUUCCAGGCCAUGGGAGAUCCCACGCGCCGUUCUCGGUGGAUCUCUCAGCCCGCCUCAUUGCCGACAUCAUCCGCACACACGCUAUCAACGGAUCAGCUCACAUCAUUGGCCACAGUCUGGGUGCGCAAGUCGCCAUCCGUCUAGCCUCCAGCAACCCCGACGUGGUCAACUCUAUCUUCGUCUCGGGGUUUGAAAUCUUUCCCCAAACAUCACUUACACCGUACAUCCCAUACGCAGCAUGGGCCAUGCCCAGAGUGGAGAAUUGUCUUCCUCGUUCCUUGAUCCGCUGGGCAAUGGAUGGUGCCGAUAUUCCUCGCAUUGAUACCAGUGUCUGCACACUCGACUUGUGUAGACAGAUUGUAUCCCCAGAGACACCAACGCAGUGGCCGUCGCCAUGGCGUGCACGUACCCUCAUUGUUGCAGCAGGGAAAGGCGGGUUCAUUCCCACCAACGAUCACCCGCACGAUGCUGUGAAGCUGAUGAAAAUUGGGAGAGAGUUGAAUGCGGAGACUGUCGCAUAUACACAUCUCAGUAUGCGACAUCCGUGGAAUCGACAGGAGCCACAAAUUUUUGCUGAGACUGCUGAAGCGUGGUUUGAACGGAAAGAGUUGCCUGGAGGAUUUGUGAAGCUUGAGUGA